AUGGCGCACAGCAAGGAAGAGGUAACCUACGGGGCGGCGCAGGCGAAGAUAUCGGAGGACGAGUCACUGCGGGUGGCGUACAAGCACGGGACGCCGCUGGAAGGAGGGAAGAUCGCGGAGUCGGAGCCAGUCUCUCUCUUCUCCUCAGCCCCGGGGAUCUCCCCGGCGGACCCUUCACCUCAGCCUCCUCUCCGGAAGCAGGAUGAAGAGCAGACCGCCGCGGGUAUGGAGGCCGAGCGACCGCCCGAGAUGGCGACCAGGAGAGAGGACUCGUCCUCCCCUUCCAUGAUCCACGAGGGAGAACUCAGAGGAAAGUGA